AUGCCACCCAAAACUAGCGGUAAAGCAGCUAAAAAGGCCGGUAAGGCUCAAAAAAAUAUUUCCAAGUCUGAUAAGAAAAAGAAACGCAGGAGGAAGGAAAGCUACGCAAUUUACAUCUACAAAGUGCUGAAGCAGGUACAUCCAGAUACCGGUAUUUCCAGCAAAGCGCAGGUACAUCCCGAUACGGGUAUAUCCAGCAAAGCGAUGAGCAUCAUGAACAGCUUCGUCAACGAUAUUUUCGAACGUAUCGCUGCGGAAGCUUCCAGAUUGGCACAUUACAACAAACGUGCCACGAUAACUAGCAGAGAAUUCAGACAGCCGUACGACUAUUGCUACCGGGAGGAUUGGCCAAGCACGCAGUCAGCGAAGGUACCAAAGCCGUCACCAAGUAACCAGUUCCAAAAUAAUAUAGACGUUGUAUUCGCUUCGACGGUUAUACGGUUCGAAAAAUAA